AUGACGACGGCUACGGCUGAAGCACGGUCACGUCCAGCUAUUGAGCCCAUACGAACUACUGGUCCUGAUCUGAAUGUUCGCUCCCUACGAUCACGCAUUGUACAAAAGAGCCCUUCUUGGACCCCUUCGCCUCUUUCACCACGCAGCCUCCCUAUCCCACGGGUUCGACUUGCGAGAGAUGAUGAUACGGCGCAAGACGAUGGAAUGAAUGUUGAUCAGGUAGAGAGCCCAAAGCUUGAUCCUCUCAAACAAGAUGCCAAUCUCCGCAAUGUCUCUCUGCGACCUAUCGCAGAACUUGCCCUUCCAAGCCCCAGCACCUUGCCGUCUCGACGUUCUCCCCUUUCGGCGCCCCUGUUUGCACCUCACGUUUUUCAAAGACCAACUCUUGCCGAAGAGACAAGAAGUAUGCUGCUUCAUGCUCCAGGUUCUGAUUCACGUCGCAACUCUGUUUUCUUGGACCGUGAACGCCGCCAGUCUGCCCCUGGUGGUCCUCUGCAUACCAGAGCCAUACAGAUUGCCCGGCAGAGAGACGACCUUCAUCGUCGAAGACUCGCAGGUUCAUAUAGACCUCGUGAACCUGAGAUAUUGGUUCAACCAACCGAGCUUCGUCGCUUAUCUAUGUUGCCCUCGAGUGACACUGGACCACCAUCACCUUACCCUGUGGACGGACGUUUGACUACCCGUGUGGUUGUGCAUUCCCCAGGAAAGAAAUCGCUUGUGCUUACCAGAACUUUCGACUUGGAUGAGCUACGAGCUACCCUUCCGCCGAUUAGCCCUGUUGAACAGACGGAUCGGCGUGCAUCAGUUGCAUGUCUUCAACCCCCCGCCAACAUUUCACGAUCAUCUUCACCGGGUUACCCUCGGGACAGACGAAGUUCCUACGGUGCCAUCCCGAGAGCCAGCCACAGUCGGUCUCCUCCUGGCGAGAGAAGAGUUUCACGUCAAAGCCUGCCUCCUGUUGCUAUUCGACUUGACUAUGCCCGAAGAUACCUUCCCGUUCUGGCUGCGGUCAUUUUGUCAGAGCUUGUCCAGCCUGGUGACAUGGUUGAGGUUCCGCUGCCGCAUCCCCGUGCAUGGGAGGAAACUGUCACACACGUCUACACAGGACGAAACCCACUUACGGAACCCAUCAGACAGAACAUCCUGUAUCUUGGUGGUUCCGUCUAA